AUGGCUGAUUCGAACAAUCCCACCGCCGCCUCCGCAGAUACCAAGCACGAAGCAGAGCCCGCGACAGACAAUAACACCGUCAAAGUGGAGGCGAGGCCCUCUGUCUCUGUCUCUGUCGCGGAAAAUGCCCCCAAGAAAUCCUCUUGCAAGAAGCAUCCGGGAAAGGAUCAGGACCCCAAUGCUCGGAAUCGUGAUUCCAAGAAAUCCUCUCGCAAAGCUGGCAAGGCAUCUUCAGUAGUAACCCCCAGCGAUGAUAGUUCCUCCGAGCUCAGUUCCUCCGAAGCUUCGAGUGCCAGUGAAUCCGCGUCAGAGGAUGAAGACCUCUCGUCGAGCUCCGAAGAGUCAGAGCUGGGGAGGAAUGCCCGGCGGAGGCGGACAAAGGCCAAGGCGAAAAAGGUACAGAAGCGGAGCAAAAAGAAGAAGUCCAAGUCGCGGUUACAGACAGAGUCAGAGUCAGAAUCUGCCGCGGAGGAUACGGCGCAGGACGAUGCCGCGUACGAUGAGAAACAGCUCAGGAAGCUUGUCAAUAAGCUCAAAGCAAAGAAGGCUAGGAUGCUGGUUUCCAAGGAGGACUCCUCCGAGGACCAGCAGUUUGAUGACGACGAUGAGGAUAUGGUGGAAAUGUCGCUUGCGCUUGCCAAGGAGAAGCUUAAGGCGAAACAGGCCGACGGAAAACGUAUCAAAAGUCGCCGGAGGAAGAGUCUCGGCGAAACUCAGUUGGACAACCAGAAGGGAGGCUUGCAGAAGCAUAAGGGGAAGAAGAAGGCUGGCUCAAAGAUGGCAUUUAAACGAGUUGAUCAAUUAUGGGAUAAUACGAUUCACAACUUCAAACUCACAGAAACUGUGGACGAUCCGGAUGCAAACGAGUGGGACCAAUAUCUGUUUACGGUACGCCGCAAGUUUGACUGGGACAAUAAGUACAUGGAAACGGUGGUGGAUCUAAAGAGUAAAUAUCUUCGGGAUGCGCUAGGCAAGGUCAUGGACGGUGUCAAGGGGGUCAGCUUGGUACAGGAGACGGCGGUUGUGGAUCCAAAUAUGCUCUUUUUGUAUCUCGAGGAAACCCGCCAGUACAUGAAGGAGCUCAGGCAACAGGCUAAGACGGAGAAGAAAAAGAAAGCAAGGAAAGCCGCAGCUCUCAAGGCCAACCACCUGAAAGUCCUUAUCAAGUACCUGGAUACAGAUUACUCGGAGACCAAAAAGACUCUCUACCCUCUGCUGGAGGCCAACACUAUCACUUUUGAUCUUCUAUGGGCCUUAUUUAAACCAAACACCAUCGCAUAUGCAUCCACAUAUGGGAACCAGGAUGAGCCACGUGCGUUCAAAAUUGAGUACGCUACCAAAGAAUCCUCCUUCAUGAAAGGUCAAUGGUACAGUAUCGAAGGCCGCUAUCUCGAAUACGACGGAAAGUCCUUCGGGAUGGGGACCAUGGCCGCCGAAGUGGAAUCUUUCAAGGGGGCCCGCAAGAUCACCAGCUUAGGAUGCUAUCCUCUGAAGUAUCACCGAGAGGCCGAAGAAAUCAAGCUCAAGCUCAUUGAACGUGGGAAGAAGUUUGUCGCGAUGAGGGGAAUGAAUUACCGCUUCCACAAAGGGAUGGCCUUCUACAAAAAGAAGCGCUCCGUCAUCAAGGUCAACAUCAAUGGACGGGUUAUGAUCGAUCCAGCAAUCCACCGGCGUAUCAACCCCAACUACCCCAUCAGUACGGUCCGACCUAAAGACCCCGACUUUCUGGGCGGGUCUGAUAAUGACGGCAGCGACGAUGGGUGCUGCUGUAUGUCCGGGUCAGACUCAGAUCAACCCGGUGCAACACGUCUUGAUUCAGAUACCCCUCAAGUCAAGUAUAAGGUGGUUCGCGACAAAGAGGGUCGUCCCCGAGUCAUUGAGGUCGAAUUAGACGAAAACGGCAACGAAAUUCAGAAGGAGAGCAUGGAUGAAGUCGCAGACCCCUCGGAUCGCGACUUCACCGAGGAGGAGCUGCUCAUCGCCAGUCCUGUGGUCCUAGGCUUUGCCUUCAGCGAGAAACUCUGGUUGGAAUUUAGUAUCUCCGGCAUCAGCGAGAUCGAUUGGAACGAGGAUGCGUUUGAUUCGCUUGUCCUCCCCGAAAACCAGAAAUCCAUCGUCAAGGCUCUCGUCGAGUCCCAUACAUUCUGUGCCGCACAGAACAUCGACGAUGUGAUCCAGGGCAAGGGCAAGGGCCUGGUGGCCGUUCUCCACGGGCCCCCAGGGACCGGCAAGACACUCACAGCCGAGGGUAUCGCCGAGCUUCUGAAGCGUCCCUUGUACAUGGUUAGCGCUGGAGAACUCGGGACCGAUUCGCGGACUCUAGAAGCCGAGUUGAACAAGAUUCUGGAUAUCGCCCAUUCAUGGGGCGCAGUUCUUCUCCUCGAUGAAGCCGACAUCUUCUUAGAGAAGCGCACAAUCCAAGACAUCCACCGCAACGCCCUGGUCAGCAUCUUUCUCCGACUCCUCGAGUAUUUCCAGGGAAUUCUAUUCCUCACCACCAACCGCGUUGAAACCUUCGACGACGCCUUCCAAUCCCGAAUCCACGUUGCACUGCGCUACGGUGAUCUCACAACCAAGGCCAAGCGCAGCGUAUGGAAAAUGUUCCUGGAGAAAGUCCAAGCCAUGGAGGGUGUACAGACUGCCAAUUUCACAGAAAAGGACUUUGACAUGCUCUCCCGCCACAAUCUCAAUGGACGACAGAUUAAAAACUCCGUCCGAACGGCACAAGCUCUCGCCGUUAACGAAAAAACACCAUUGUCAAUGGAACACAUUAAACGUGUUCUCGACGUUGCCGAAACAUUCGACCGCGACCUCCGCGGUGGAACUGGUUACAUCGAUGCCAUGCGAAGCUAUACUUGAUCAGCAUCUGCUGUAGAAUGUCCCAACUUUGUU